AUGUCUGUGCAGUCAAUAACCUUUAAACUUGUAGUGAACGACGACAACGACCGACACUCCAAUUCAAGCGGCGAUACAGUCGAUGCAAAGCCCGUGAACUUAGACUACGAGUGCUAUUUGCUAUAUACUGUAGAGAGCAGAGUAUAUGUGCAGUUGUUUGCAGUGUUGGCUAAACGCCACCCAAACGGGUCUGUGAUUCGUAGGCUGAGUGCGUGUCGUAGGGAUGACGCCCUCCAGAGCUGGUCUCAUAACAGGCCUGUCGGACCACUUUCGCUGUUAUUCUCAACCUUGAAACUGAUUAAACGCAUCCAAACAUUUUCAUACCAGUGCUCCCCAACACAGGACACACCACACAAAUCCCGAGAUCACAGUAUCAGUGCUUUUACACCAAAUUCGAUGGGACGACAGUGUUAUGCCGCGUCUGUGGCGACAAAGCCAGUGGAUUUCACUAUGGAGUUCACUCUUGUGAAGGCUGCAAGAUAUACGGAGAGUUCGUUAGCCUUAGUGUACAACUGCUCUGGCUUCUUUCGACGAAGCAUUCAGCAAAAGAUACAGUACAGGCCGUGCACUAAAAACCAACAGUGCUCUAUACUCCGCAUCAAUCGCAACCGAUGCCAAUACUGUCGGCUCAAAAAGUGCAUCGCUGUCGGAAUGUCCAGAGACGGUGAGUAUCCCAAUCACAUCCCGGUCAGGUUCGGUCGGGUGCCUAAGCGAGAAAAGGCCAAAAUAUUGGCCGCAAUGCAAAAAGUGAACGCAAACUCUCAACAGAAGGCUCUUUGCGUGGAAUUGGAGGACGAGAAUCGUCUGUUGACCACAAUUAUCAAAGCACAUGAAGAGACGUGUGAUUACACCCGCGAUAAAGUGGCCCAACUCAUCGACAGGGCCCGCACUCAACCCGUUUACGCUCACUGUCCCCCACAAAUGAGGUUCGAGACUACGGUUUCCUAUAAGGGUGAUUCACAUAGUACUUUGUGA